GCUUGAUUCUUGACGAGGAUGUUAGGGAUUAUUAUUAUUUUUUCUAAAUAUUUUAAGUUCUUUGUUCCCUAAUUGCAGUGUACUAUUAGUACUAUUGUACAGAUGAUAAUAAUUGAACGUAAUUUUCAUCUUCUUGUAUUAUGUUGAUCUGGCUCAUAAUACUCUUGAUGAUUUCAGUUGUGAUCUCAUCGCCCAUCUCAGUGAUCAUCAUAGCUUAGUUUUUAGGUGGAUCAUAUCAUACAGCGAUUCCGACUCUCUGGUGGAGUGAAACUUUUAGAACUAGGAGUUAGCAGUGGAAGUUGUGAAGAUGAAAAACUUUUGCGGAAAUUGACAAACCCAUUCAGCUGGUGUUGCAGGGUUAUAUAGUUCAUUACGUUCAAGUUAUAAAGAGGAUUGUACAUAUGUGAAUAGUUUGAUUUCCGAAAGAAAAUAGAAAUAAACGUUCUUUAUGGGGAUAGAUCUUGAGCAGCCUUCAGGAGAAUACCAUAUGGAAGAAAAUAGGUCCAAUGUGAAUGUUAAUAUGGAGGAUGGUGGAGAUGAAGGGCAUGAUAGAGAUGGAUCGAACAUAGUUACUCCUUGUGUUACUGGAAAUGAUAAGGAAAACACAGGACCAAAUGUAAAUGGAAGAAUAUCAGAUGGUAGAAACAAGGGGCAUGCUGGAGAAGGAAUAAACUUGAAUUCUUGCAAAAGCUUGGAGCCUCAUGAUGGAAUGGAAUUUGAAUCUAAGGAGGAAGCUUUUUCAUUCUAUAAAGAAUAUGCCAAGUCUGUGGGAUUUGCUGCUGUAAUAAAGGCUAGCCGUCGAUCCAGAAUAUCCGGAAAAUUUAUUGAUGCAAAAUUUGCAUGUACUAGAUAUGGAAGCAAGCGAGAACGAAAAACAGAUGAAACCAUGGAACCUGUUCCAAAUAUUGACAGUGCAACAAAUGUUCCUGUAAAAAGAAGACGAGGUAGAAUUAAUCUAUCUUGGACAAAAACAGAUUGCAAGGCCUGCAUGCAUGUUAAGAAAAGGCAAGAUGGUAGAUGGAUUAUCUGUAGUUUCAUAAAGGACCAUAACCAUGAAAUUUUUCCAGACCAAGCCUAUUAUUUUCGGGGUCAUAGGAAUUUAGAUCUAGAUGGUAGUAACGUUGAUGCCUUGCAUGCUAUCCGGGCAAGAACAAAAAAGAUGUAUGUUACAAUGUCUAGGCAAUCUGGUGGCUACAAGAAAGUUGACAAGCAGAAAGGCGGCAUCACAAAUCAAUUAGAUAGUGGAAAGCACUUGGAUUUAGAAGAAGGAGAUGCUCAAGUUAUGCUUGAGCAGUUCAUGUAUAUGCAAGAAGAGAAUCCUAACUUCUUUUAUGCAAUAGAUCUAAAUGAAGAGCAGCGUCUGAGAAAUGUUUUCUGGGUCGACGCAAAAGGCAGGCUUGAUUAUGGCAGUUUUGGUGAUGUAGUUUUUUUUGACACCACCCAUAUCAAGAGUGAAUACAAAUUGCCGUUUGCUCCCUUUAUUGGUGUGAACCAUCAUUUUCAGUUCCUUUCGCUUGGGUGUGCAUUAUUGUCCGAAGAGACUAAAUCAACAUAUGUUUGGUUGAUGCGGGCUUGGCUUAGAGCAAUGGGUGGACGGGCUCCUAGAGUGAUAUUGUCUGACCAAGACAAAGCCCUGAAAGAAGCUAUUGCAGAGGUCUUUCCUGAUUCUCGUCAUUGUUUUUGUUUGUGGCAUAUACUGAGCAAAAUUAAUGAGAAGCUCAGUUAUGUAAUAAGGCAACAUGAAAAUUUUAUGACUAAAUUUGACAAAUGCAUUUUUAAGUCUUGGACAGAUGAACAGUUUGAAAGGAGAUGGUGGAAGAUGGUUGAUAAAUUCAAUUUAAGAAAUGACAUAUGGUUUCAAUCUUUGUAUGAAGAUCGUGGACGAUGGAUACCUACAUAUAUGAAAGACAUUUUUUUGGCAGGUAUGUCUACAACCCAACGAUCAGAAAGCAUAAACUGUUUCUUUGACAAAUACAUGCAAAGGAAAACUACAUUGAAGGAGUUCUUAGAGCAGUAUAAAGCGAUUAUAAGGGAAAAGUGUGAAGAGGAAGCAAAAGCAGAUUUUGAAAGUUGGCAUAAGCAACCAGGUUUGAAAUCUCCAUCACCUUUUGGGAAACAAUUGGCAACUUCGUACACACAUGCGAUAUUCAGGAAAUUCCAGAAUGAGGUUUUGGGAGUAGUUGCUUGUCAUCCAAGAAAAGAAAGUGAAGAUGGAGCAACCAAAACUUUUAGGGUUCAAGAUUUUGAAGAGAAUCAAGAUUUUAUUGUGGUGUGGAAUGAAACAACGUCAGAUAUAUCUUGCUUGUGCCGUUUAUUUGAAUUCAGUGGUUUCCUUUGUAGGCAUGUAAUGAUUGUUCUGCAAAUGUCUGGUGUACACAGCAUUCCAUCUCAGUAUGUAUUGAAACGUUGGACAAAAGAUGCAAAGAGUAGACAAACAACAAGGGAAGUUUCAGUUGUUGAGUGUAGGGUUCAACGCUACAAUGAUUUAUGUCAACGGGCCUUUAAGUUGGGUGAUGAAGCAUCUUUAUCCUCAGAGACUUACAAUAUUGCGUUGAAGGCACUCGAAGAAGCUUUGAGAAAGUGUGAGUGUGUAAAUAACUCAAUUCAGAGUGUAAUAGAACCAAGCUCACCAUCAAUUCGUGGUCCUCAAGGAGUUGAAGAAGUGAACCAAACUAGCAGCUCUAGCAAGACAAAUAAAAAAAACAGUGCAUCCAAAAAACGACAGGUACAUUCAGAGCCAGAGGUCAUAUCAAUUGGAACCCAUGACAACUGGCAACCAGUGGGACACACGAAUUUACGAGCACACGUGCUUGAUAUGUCGUAUGAAUCGCAAGAGAGCAUGCAAGACAUGGAACAACUGAACUCAAGGGCUGCCUUUGAUGGCUAUUUUGGCACUCAACAAAUCGUGCAGGGAAUGGGACAAUUAAACUCAAUAGUUCCAAGUCGCGAUGAAUAUUACAGCAACCAACAUAACAUGCAAGGGCUGGGACAACUGAACUCAAUUGCACCUAUCCAUGAUGGCCAUUACCUCACUCAACAAAGGUUGCAUGGGAUGGGGCAGUUGCAUUUCAGACCACAAACUACACAGACUUGUUUUGAUGUGCAGGAUAGUUUGCAAGAUAUGGACCAGUCUCACAUGGGACCCUCACAGCUGCAUGGCAUGGCAUCGAAACAUAUCCAUGCAAAACACCUCUCUCGUUAAUAGCUUUCUGAUAAAGGUGGAGAUGAAUUAUCUCAUUGUAGAGUACAAGCCAACGACAACGAACUUUUGUUUUUUGUUUUUUGUUUUUUUCCUGCAUUGACAUUGGUAAUUAUAAUGCCAGAUGGACAAUUCUUAAUUAUUUUAUCCGCUUAAAUAUAUGUGAAAAUACCAUAACCUAGAAACACCGAUCGAUGUUCUCUCAAUAGGACUUAAAAAAAUCUUGUGAGAAGCACUUGCUAUUAAAUUCUCUGUAAGUGCCUGUAGUUGGCCGGCCACCUUACCUAAACCAAUCAUUAUAUGGGUCCCGGCAAUUGCUCUUCUAUCAUAGUCUACUAUAUAUUAUGAAAUUAAAUAUUCUUGCAUU